AUGUCUGUCAAGAAAGUGCAGGGCCACAUUGACGCUAUUCAGCGCAAGCUGGAGAAGUCCAUCAAGAUCGCCGACAAGGGCCCCAACAUGAAGCUCGGUGACGUGAUCAAGCUCGGGCGCAAGACUAAUUCAAUUGUCUCUGAGAUCAAGAAGAGCAUCAAUGAGUACGAUGGCGCUGAUCCUACUCCUGAGGAGGCACAAGUUAUCCUCACCAAGAUGGAGAAGGUCGUAGACUUGACGGAGAAGGAGUUGGAGACCAUGGUUCAGAACAAGGCUCGCAUUGACGAGUUGCACGUUGGAGGUCUUGUCAAGAGGAACUUGCUCAGCAGCCAGGAGGCAGGAGCCAAGUUCUCUGUGAGUUUGACCGAGAAGGCUCCUGAUAACCUCAAGCCUUCCGCCACGGCACUCGAGGAGAGACGCAACAAAGCUUUCGAGAAGGCUGUCUCCGUUUUCGCCAAUGCCCAGGGAGGAGAGGACCAGGCUGACGGAGAGGACGACUCGGACUAA